AUGAGGAAUGGCGACUUCGUGCCGACGCGUCUUCAGGCACAACAGGACGCGGUCUCAAUGGUGUGUCACUCGAAGACCAGAUCUAACCCCGAGAACAACGUGGGUUUGUUGACACUGGCGGCCAACCCGCAGGUGUUGAGCACAUUGACCACAGAUGUCGGACGCAUUCUGUCUAAACUUCAUGCCGUGGAACCGAUCGGUGAGAUAAAUCUGAUGACAGGCAUACGAGUGGCACAUUUGGCACUAAAGCACAGACAGGGGAAGAACCAUAAGAUGCGAAUUGUGGUCUUUGUUGGAAGUCCUGUCGAUUCGGAUGAGAAGGAGUUAAUAAAAUUAGCCAAACGUCUGAAGAAGGAGAAAGUGAACGUCGAUGUCGUGAACUUCGGUGAGGAACAGGUGAACACCGAUAAGUUGACCGCAUUUAUCAAAGCACUCGAAGGCACGGCUUCCCAUUUGGUGACUGUCCCUCCCGGGCCUCAUCUGUCCGAUGCGCUCAUCAGUUCGCCGGUAAUCCAGGGCGAGGACGGAAGCGGUGCCGUNAAAGUGAACGUCGAUGUCGUGAACUUCGGUGAGGAACAGGUGAACACCGAUAAGUUGACCGCAUUUAUCAAAGCACUCGAAGGCACGGCUUCCCAUUUGGUGACUGUCCCUCCCGGGCCUCAUCUGUCCGAUGCGCUCAUCAGUUCGCCGGUAAUCCAGGGCGAGGACGGAAGCGGUGCCGUUGGGAUCGGGAGCUCUGGCUUUGAGUUCGGUAUCGAUCCUAACGAAGACCCGGAACUGGCGCUCGCUCUCAGAGUUUCGAUGGAAGAACAGCGACAGAGAACACAACAAGACGUUCCUCCGCCCCCAACACUUGACCCCAACACUGCUGGCGGCAGUGCGGGCGCAGCGCCUGCCGGCACAUCCAUUCCUCAGGAGGACGCGCUUCUGGAGAAGGCUCUGGCGAUGUCUCUCGAAGCCGAUGAGGACAGGGGCACUGGAGUGAAGCCACCAAUGGUUGAUCCGUCAGCGAUGCCUGACUUCGCCACUAUGACUGAAGAGGAACAGAUUGCUUACGCAAUGCAGAUGUCUCUACAACACGCGCACGACUCCAGUGCCAAACCAGUCGACUCUCCCGUCCCUAUGGAGACCGACGACACCGAAGACAAAACUGAAAACAAGGAUAAAUAGCAAUCGAUUUGUCCAGUGUUUGAAGUGGUUUUUAAUUUAGUGUAUCCU